UUCGCACAGAGACGCAGAUCACACCUAAAUCCUAAGUCCUAAGCCCUAAGAAAUGUCGACCGCAGCUUCCUCCGCCUCUCUCACUUGCCACUCCCCGCUCCUUCACCGCCCAAAUGCUCCCUCCCGAAUCUCUGUUGCCGUCGCGAUUCCCAGAUCUCUGCCGCCGUUGCCCCAUUUGAAAACUAAGAGGAGAAACUCAACCACCACCUUUUGCUCCGCCGACGCUGCGAAAGACAAAGACACCACUCCCAUUGAGCUCAGAUAUGAGGCUUUUCCUACCGUCAUGGACAUCAAUCAAAUUCGUGAAAUUUUGCCUCACCGGUUUCCGUUUCUGUUAGUGGAUCGAGUGAUUGAAUACAAUGCUGGAGUUUCAGCUGUUGCAAUCAAGAAUGUCACCAUCAAUGAUAAUUUCUUUCCCGGGCAUUUCCCCGAGAGGCCAAUCAUGCCUGGUGUUCUCAUGGUCGAGGCAAUGGCACAGGUUGGUGGCUUGGUUAUGCUGCAACCAGAAGUGGGAGGCUCUCGUGACACUUUCUUUUUCGCUGGAAUUGACAAAGUUCGAUUCAGGAAACCAGUGAUUGCCGGCGACACAUUAGUGAUGAGAAUGACGCUUAUUAAGUUGCAGAAACGCUUUGGAAUUGCAAAGAUGGAAGGCAAGGCCUACGUUGGAGGUGAAGUCGUAUGUGAGGGGGAGUUUUUGAUGGCUACUGGUACCGGUGGUGACUGAUCUCAAUUUUUUCGGUAAUUUCAAUCAUUGCUAAAGCUGGUUCAUGUACUUUACUCGUAGCUACUUUUUUCUUCGCUUUGUUUUUGAUCCUCUCUUGCGUGUAUGCGUUUUUCGGUAGUUAACAUUUUGUUAAAGAGAUUUUUAUGGUUAA